AUGCUACCCACCAAUCCCUGUAGCUACUUGACUACUAACAACAUUCGUAAUGACUGCGUGCAGGAGCUUAUGAAGGAACAUCCCCACGCUAAAGGUGCUCUAGCAGACAUUCUUCUCUGCGAAGCCAUGGAAGAAGCCAAGCAAGUCGAAAAAGCAAAGGAGAAGGCAAAACUUUGUGGCACUAAGGCUGAACAAGACUUGGGUUGUGUCACUAACGAUGUUUGUGUUCAUUACGAAUCGCCAGUGUGUCGCUGCCCGCCAGACACUUGCGAUUUGACUUAUGGAGCGAGAACCAAACUCCCACAACAGGACAAGACCUCGUAA